AUGGACUCCUUCUAUCAGAAAACUCAUGAAUCUUCCGAUAUCGAUCGUCAUGUUAUGGACGGAGAUAAACGCAAGCGAAGCUCCAACAGUUUGAGCAUGUUAAAGAAACCAAAAGUCGAGGAGUUUGAUUCGACAGUGCCUGCUGGAUUUAUUACUCCUGUUCUCACCGCACCGCCGCAGCCAUUAGUUUCGGGGAGUAAUCCGGUGCCGUUGGCUGUUGUAUUUCAUAAUAAUGAGAAUAAUCAAGUAGCGGCGGCUCCGUUUGUACGCGGUUGCAAGCAGUUCUGGAAAGCAGGAGAUUAUGAGGAAAGCAGUGUUUCCUAUCCUACUCAUUCUGCUGUUGGGAUGGAUCACGUAAGGGUACACCCAAAGUUUCUGCAUUCGAAUGCAACCAGCCACAAAUGGGCAUUGGGAGCUAUAGCAGAGCUUUUGGAUAAUUCUUUAGAUGAGGUUUUGAGUGGAGCCACUUAUGUUAGUGUAGAUGUGUUGGAAAACCAGAAAGAUGGAAGCAAGAUGCUUGUUGUGGAAGACAAUGGUGGUGGAAUGAAUCCUGAUAAGAUGCGGCAGUGCAUGUCUCUUGGAUAUUCUGCAAAAAGCAAGAAGGCAAACACUAUUGGUCAAUAUGGAAAUGGGUUUAAAACAAGUACUAUGAGGCUUGGAGCUGAUGUGAUAGUGUUUUCACGUUGGGAUGAUGGGAAGAGCCAAACACUAAGUAUCGGAUUGCUCUCUUACACAUUUUUGACCGCAACAGGGAAGGAAGAUAUUGUGGUUCCCAUGAUUGACUUUGAGAAGAAAGAUCAAGCUAAUUGGAACACGAAAAUAAGAUCUUCUCUGGACGAUUGGAAUACAAAUUUAGCAAUCAUAUUGCAGUGGACACCAUUUCUAAGUGAAGAAGAUCUUUUGCAGCAGUUCAAUUUCCUAGAAGAUCAAGGUACACGCGUCAUAAUCUACAACCUUUGGGAGGACGAUGAAGGAAGUUUGGAACUGGAUUUUGACACCGAUCCACAUGACAUACAAAUUAGAGGAGUCAACAGAGAUGAGAAGAAUAUAGAAAUGUCAAAACGGUAUCCCAGCGCGAAAUAUUUUCUAACUUAUCGACAUUCAUUAAGGAAUUACGUAGCAAUUCUCUAUCGCGAAUUUCCAACCGGCUUUAGAAUCAUCCUGCGCGGAAAGGAAAUCGAACAUCAUGAUAUAGUGAAUGACAUGAUGGAAGCACAGGAGAUAAUGUACAGACCUCAGAAUUUACCCGAGGGCAAGUCAAAGAGAAAUGAAGAUAUCGUUGCAAAAGGAAUGAUGGGGUUUGUGAAGGAUGCUUGCCACCAUAUUGAUGUCCAGGGAUUUAAUGUUUAUCAUAAGAAUCGACUCAUCAAGCCUUUCUGGAGAGUGUGGAAUCCUGCUGGAAGUGAUGGUCGUGGGGUAAUAGGUCUAAUAGAAGCAAAUUUUGUUGAACCAGCUCAUGAUAAACAAGGUUUUGAAAGGACAACUGUGCUUGAAAGAUUAGAGGCAAAACUGAUUUCAAUACAAAGGGAUUAUUGGGCUAAAAAUUGCCAGGUGAUUGGUUAUGCUCCAAGGCGGAAUCCUAAGAACCAUUCUUCUAGCACUGACUGCUCUUCUCGCUCAAAUAAGAACGGAGAGAGCUCUGUUAGAGGUGGAAAAAGAUCGCCAGCAGAUGCAACUAGUCCAAACAAGCAAGGUUCAAUUACAGGGAAUCAAAGAUUUCUCCCAGCUAAUGCAAUUAAUCAGAAGACACCGGGCUUUAAUAAUAUGAACUCAAGAUCUCCAGCGGAUGCAACUUCUCCAAACCAGCAAGGUUUUAUUACUGGGAAACAGAGAUUUCCACCAGCUAAUGCAGUUAAUCAGAAUGCACAAGGCUCUAAUAGCAUGGACCCAGGAGUAACAUCUAGUGUGCAAUUUGGUGGAAGUUCAACUCGCAAUCUAAGCCAUGUUGAGGCAUCCCUUGCUCCAACGAGUCCUCUGCGUGAUUCUGCAGCAUCUGGAAGCAGUCGCCCAGUCGAUGAUAAUGGACAACCUGCCAACAAUCACCCUAUAAAAGGUGUAAAUCACUUGAAACAAAAUGGUCCUGAUUUAAAUGUGAGGUUGAAUGGACCAGCACCUGUGCAAAUUAUGGAUCGUUUGAUUAGAAUGCUUCAGGAGAAAACAAUGGAGUUUGAAGCUGAAAAGAAGAAAGCAGAACGAUUGAAUGAAGACAAUCUGGCUCUGGUGCAUAUAAUUGAGGUGGAAAGGGCUGGAUGGGCCACAGCAGAACAGGAAUUCUUAAAAAGAUUGGAGGAUGCUUCGAAGACCAUUGAGGAUCUGAAAGAGAGAUUGCGGCAGCUAGAAGAGAGCAAAUUACAAAGCUGCAAAAUUGAGAAGCAGUGAUUGUCAGCCUUGAGUUUGUGCAGGAUUUCUAGUCUAAUAGGCAAUGACUGAUUCAGCAAGAUAACUAUCUUUUGAGAAUAUACCUCUCAUCGGCGGACAGGUGUCUGCACGACAACAUGAGCUUAUUUAAUAUGAUCUUUUCCCAAAAUCCCUAGAAAGGUUUUGUAAUGAAAUGUAUAGGAAGCAUCAGAGAGCACAGUCCAAAUGUAUAUUAUGCGUAUUCAACUUAUAAUUGUGUGUUUCUGGAUUCAAUUAAUGUUUACUAGAAUGUUUGAGUGGUACCUAUCCUCAGCUCUUACGAAAAAAAGAGAAGUAAAUAUAUUUUUAAGUGAUA